AUGACGGUCCAGCGCGUAGACUCUGGCGCGCUGGGCGGCACGAUGCACAAGUCGGCCGUGAUUAAUGUCAUGCAGCCGAUGGGAAGUAUGAGUCUGAGCCCAUCGAGCCGCGACGUGGUGCUCGGCGCAAAGAUAGGGCUCUUUGUGCUCGACCUCGAGAACCCCUAUGCCCUUCCCCAGUUCUUCGCGCACCGCACCGCGUGGGAGGUGGCUGAUAUCCAGUGGAAUCCCCACCAUGCACGGCGCGAGUGGGUCGCCAGCACGUCGAACCAGAAGCUCGUGCUAUGGAACCUGUCGCGCCCCGAAGCGACCAAGACCCCUGUGCCGUCCGACGUCGUGGUGAGCGGCGUGCCCCGCCGGCGCAUCCGCGAGGGAGGUAUCGGUGUGUCGCCCCGCAUCCCACCCACGCGUCUCGCGCAUCAGCGCAGCUCGGUACAGCCUGCGGAGAGCACCUCGAGCGCCGUCGAGCGCCUCUUUGACGCACAUACACGUGCGAUUACCGAUAUCAACUGGUCGCCGAUCCAUCCCGAGAUUCUGGCGAGCUGCAGUGUGGACACAUGGACCUACCUAUGGGACUUGCGCAUGGGCGGCCGACGAGGACACAAGCCGGCACAAGGCUACUCUGCGUGGAAUGCCAGCAUGACGCAAGUCAAGUGGAAUCGCGUGUCGCCCCAUCGUAUCGCCGCUUCGUGCGACAACAAGGUCUUGAUCUGGGAUGACCGAUUCGGUGCGCUGCCCCUGGCCACUGUCGAGGCGCACCACAGCAAGAUUUACGGCCUGCAGUGGAGCCCCGAAAUGGAGUGUGGCCGCGAGCAAUUCAUGACGUGCUCGCUCGACGGCACCAUCAAGUACUGGGACCUCGGCGCAGAGACGUCGCGUGCCGCAGCGUCGCGGCGCGAGCUUAUCACUGUGCCGCUGGCGACAAUUGCGACGCCGCAGCCGGUUUGGCGUGCCAAGUACCUCCCGUUUGGCCACGGCGCCAUGUCGGUCGCGCAGCGUGGCGACUGCUCGCCGUGCUUAUGGGCAGCCGGUACACAGACCGAGCCGGUCCAGCGGUUCGACGGACAUACCGAUACUGUGCGCGAGUUUCUCUUCCGCACCAAAGGCGGCACCGACGCGUCGCACGACGACCGCGAGUUCCAGCUGCUUACCUGGAGCAAGGACCAGACGCUGCGCAUGUGGCCGAUCACGGAGGACAUGCUGCACUCGGUCGGCCACAUCAAAGGCGCGCCGAUGCAGGUGAGCGCCACGCCAAGCGGCCCCGAAAUUAGCACGCAAGAAGGCAUCCAGAUCCAGCAGCCGCGGCGCAAGGUGCGGCCCGAGUGGAACAUUUCGCCCACCCAGACGUCGUUCGGCAGCAGCAGCAGUGCGUCGCCGCGUCGCGCAGCGAGCGACGUUGCGCGGUCGCUCCCGGAUCGCUACUCGAUCUCUGGGGGCAAUCCGUGCUCGCUGCCCAGCCGCAGUCCGUCCAAAGCGCUGCGCCAGCUGCGGUCCUUGCACGCCUACUCCCCCCCCGCCAAUAUCCGCCAGGGAAGCACGGAUGCGGGGCCGCAGAUGCGCUACCAGGACGCAAACGAGAUACCCGGCGCCUUUCACGACCCCGUCAACUGGAUGACCCGCGUCCAGAUCGAGCGCGGCGCCGAAGGAGGCGACGAGGCACCGCCCUCGGCGUCUGUGCCUGCACGCACGCCCAACUACGGCGUGUUGCCCGACGAGAUUAUGCGCGUCGGCCGCCGCUUUCCGCAUAUCUUUGAAGCAAUCGACGUCGCGCACCGGCGGUGCACGGUACUAGUGAGCGGCCCAUGGAGCGAGCAGACGCGCGCGCUGGCCUAUCUGCGCGUCGUCUUUACCUUCCCAUCCGCAUACCCCCACCGCCCGCCGGCGGUCGAAGUGGAAAAGAAUCCCACGAUCCCAUUCCGCACGCGCGCCGAGCUCCAGACGGCGCUUGUGGACGUGGUCGAGGAAAAGAGCGCGGCGCACGCGCCGUGCCUCGAGGCGUGCAUCGAGGCGCUGACGAUGCACGGCCACGACACUUCGUCGCCAAAGCACGAUGCGGCCGAAGAAAAGUCGAAUCUGCCGCCGCUCACCGCACAGAACGACGAGGAGAGCGAGUUCUUGCGGUCCUACCAGACGGUCGUCGACGCAGUCGUGCGCCUGACGCUGCGCGCGUCCGACACGGUCGAGUCGGAGCUGCUCGACUCGGACGUCGUGCAGCUCAUGAGCACCAAUGUGCUGUCGCGUGCGCGGCGGCCGGCGCCCGACGGGGCGUAG